AUGUCUGCAGCGUCCGUCAGUUACUCAACAUGCUGCCAACAGGGAGCUGUGGCACUCCCCAGCGAUCAUCUUGCAGAUGGACUUACUCCUAGCUUCCUACUGUCCAAGAAUUUCAGGAAGAAUAUCCGAACCUUCAACAAUGCAGUAUUGUUCACCUCCACUGCUGCCAAGCCAGACAAAACCGUUUUAGGAAAUGGGGGCGCAUGGACUUACCGGAUCAAGGGCUCGUUGACGCACUUAAUUGGCUCACUACUGCCAGUCGAAGGUGCAGCGAAGACAUUCGGCCAAAUGUUCAUAUUUGGUGAUCAGGCAGAGGAGGAGCUGGCCUUGCGAAAGCCGACCGAUUCGAGCAUGAAUAUUCAAACUCUUGCAACGAUUCAAGCAUUUUUGUAUCACAACAACCCAUUUGCGAAGCUCUACAAGGCAGCAGAAGCCAUCUUGGCACCUGGGAUAGUGAAAACAAUCAAGAUCAAGUCACUACAGCGACACGGGCGGAACACUAAUCGGUACAACUACCCAACGUGCAGUCAAAUUGCUGCAAUAUUACCCGGCGACGGCGUGGUUGGCGCAAAAGACCGCGACAUCAUUCUCCACAGGCAAUCGGGCGAAUUGCAGCGGAUUUCAGAAUUGAACACAAAUUACUUUUCGCUUUGCUACCCGCUAUUCUUCAUG